AUGGUGCGAGAAGUUGGUAGCAGAGAUAGGGAGAUAUUCAGCCGUGGCAGCGGAAGAGAUAACAGCGAGGAUGAUUCAUGGUUCACAUCGGAGAAGAUGGUGACCGUGACGUGGCUGCGCGCGAAGCGAGGAAAAUCAGGUAUGGUGACGGUAUCCUGUUUCGGUAGCCGCGUGACGCUUUGUUUGCAGGUUCGCAAGCUCUGGACAUACGACGGUGCCGGCGCCCCCUACUUCUAUAUAGGGGGAGCGACUGAGGUCCUCCCGAACUCCACACUCCGCCCGACUGCCUUCCGCUGCCGGCCCCUGGCUCCGGUGCGCCUCCCGCCGCUGCCUCCCUGGCCCUGCCGCGCCUCCCGCCGCCGCUCCCACUGCCCCGGCGAGCCUCCCGUCGCCGUCCAACCCCCGCCUGCCCCUCGUCCCCAGCACGCCUCGCGUCGCCCGCCUCGGAUCCCAGCGUGUCUCCAGCUGCUGGACCUCCACCGGCGACCAGCACCGCCCCUGCAGGGCGCAGAGGUCGCGCGCCUCCUCUUGCUGCCUAUCCGUCCCAAUCACACUCUGUCAUCCCUCCCGGCGCGCUCGGAUCUGGCUUCCUCCGCCACCGCGCUACCCCUCCCCUUCCCCCGAAUCAACCGGCGUCGCCCCAACCAUCCUAGCCUCAGGCGCCCUUCUUCCUCCAGGUGGAACUCCCGCGCCGCCCUUCUUCCUCAUCCUGAAUACCACACCUCCGCCUCCUCCCGAUUAACCCAACGAAACCAAGCGCCAUCCCAGUCCAGCCGCGCUGUGUCAGGGAGGUCGAGGCCAUCGCGAGCAGCAGUCCACAACAGUCAAGCGGCCGCUGACCCUGUGCCUCCACGUGCCUCAUCUCCCGCUGUUGGCGACGGCACUCCCUUUCACCGGCGCUUCGGUGGCGCGGCCAGCCGCCUAUACCGGCUUCGGCUGCAACCAUCUCUCUCUGUCAACCUCCUCAUCUCCUCUGUGAAUCAGUUCGACUGCGUAUAAACACAAUUAUUUAGUUUUCAUGUCUGAAAUUAAGAGGUUCAUUAUAUGCAUUAUAGCAAAAAUGCUCAUUUUUAGCAGUUUUAGCACAUAUGUUAGAAGAGAUCGUUGACAAAAGAAAACCAUCCGUUCUUAACAGUUAAAGAAAUGGAUUCAACAACGUUUGCGGUGCAGAAAAUUUCAUGACCGGUGUUCGAGUUGUGUACUUUUAGCUUCUCUCGUGGUCUCAGCUCAUAUGUUUGUGUUCAUGAAUGGAACAGAUCCUGGCGCGAUCCAGGCUCUCUCGGCAACCAGCGGGUGCUCUCUUUCCUCAAUCAGAUGGCUAGCAAAAAGAAGGUAACACCAGCCACGAGUUUCAUUCCCAAUUCCUAUGAAGUUCAUACGAUUGAAACGACAAGGACAUGGCUGCUGAACACAAGGUUUCCCUCUAAAAAAAACAUGGAGUUCAACUUGACUUUGUGUUAGUUGGAUCACUCGUGGAUUCAACAACAAGAAAAGCGCACCGCCGCUGCCCAGCACACCCAAGGCCGGAAGUACAAAUUUUUUGCAAUUUUGUCAAUUAAGGCUUCCUCGCUUUGACCGGAGAUGAUGCUCUGCAUCGUAUGUUAAUUAGGAUUGCAUUUGCUGUUAGCUUUUGGUAGUGCAACACGAGUUCAGAGUUAAACAGGGGGAGAAUGGAAGCACGUGAGAGGAUAAAUAUGUGUGUGGUAGAGGAACGUGUGCAACGCAAGCACGUGCUACUACCUAGAAAAACAACUUCUUGUAUAAAAAAACAUAGCUUUUUGUGAUGUUAAAAUAUUUAACUAUGUUCUGUGAA